AUGGAGGAGAAAUGGUCGGUGAAAAGGAGUUUAGCGCUAACCUGGGAUAGAACCUCCGAACCAACCGCAGUUGUAGAAGGCGGCAAAGCGACCACGCCAUUGUGGGGGAGCGACCUCAAUGAUGUAGGAAGGAGCAGCGCAAGUCAUGAUGGAUACACCGAAACCGAGAAUGAAACGGCCGGCAAUGAAUUGCUCCUUGUGGUUAGCAGAGGCAAUGACUGCAGAUCCACUGUGAGAAAGAGAACACAGG